AUGGUAGUCGAGGAUACCGUACUCACUGAAGAGUCAGCCAUCUUUAUUGUUGGAGCCCUCUGGAACCUACCCUUCAGGGUCAGAGACUUAGACUUUUGCGAGGCAAAGCUUAGUCGGUUCCUAAAUCCCCAGUUCGAGAUACUCACCAGGGUACCAGAUGCCUUCCUUUCCAGGUCAGCUCUAGAAUCCGCCUCUAUAAGUACCGUGACAUCGUCGGCGUACGCUACUAGAGUGACGCCAUCCUCAACUGGAAGUUCCAAGAGC